AGUGAAAGAGGAAGGCUGAGCACCAAGCCAUAAAGGUGAGAGGUUAGAGAGAGCUGCUAUCAGUCUUGGUGAGAAAGUGGAAUAUCAUAAAGCUGGCUUGCUGAAGCUCAGCCUUCCUAACAAACAUUUGAAAACAGCAAGAACCGAAUAUCAAAUAAGAGGCUGGACAGCUGCCUUAACUGUGUUCCCAGUCUAGAAUAUACACAGUGAAGACCAAAAGGCUUGCCUACAGGAAAAAAAAAAAGUUGAAGGCGAGAAAGACAGCUAGAGCUGGCACUUGAGAACAGAACAAAAAGCAGGUCUGGAGAGGAGCAGUGAUGGAAAACCUGCCAGUCUACCACGGACCCAUCGGCAAAGAAGAAGGGGAGAGACGGCUUGGGCAGGACGGCCGGGAUGGGUGCUACCUAGUCCGUAACAGUGACUCUGUGCCGGGUGUCUACUGCCUGUGUGUACUGAGCCAGGGAUUCGUCUACACUUACAGACUACACAGAGACGACGCGGGCUCAUGGGCUGCAGAAACCACUCCUGGUGUGCAGAAACGAUAUUUCCGGCAAAUCAAGAACUUGAUAGCAGCUUUCCAGAAGCCAGAACAAGGAAUUGCCAUGCCUCUGCUCUACCCUGUCACCGCUCAGAGUCGGGCACAAACACACACAGAGGCUCAGAAGUCCAGUAAUAGCCUGUCACCGACAAACACCAGCCCAAACCCUUACCUGCACCAGCGGCCGCCGCGCGCUGCACAGGGACAGAAAAACAGGAACAAGAAGGAGGUGCGGCAAGCUCUUGGUUAGGGGCAAACCCUAACCUCAACAGUGACCUAAUUAUAAACAAAAAGACUCUUUGCGUUUUCUGUCUACUGUUGCAUUUUGUGUGAUGUGUGACAAGUAAAUGUCAUUUCUUUCCCAUUAACCAGCUACCUGUUUGUUUAAUCCCACUCAUUUAGGUUCUAGCACUGACUCAGAUCUAAGCAUCAUUCCAGUAUCUCUCUUUUCUUUUCUCUUUCUGUUCUGCACAUGCGGCACAGAAAGUGCCUCAUAACUUUCAGGGAUGUGAUGUAAAAUAUUCAACUGCUGAAACAUUAAUAUCCAUUACCGCAUACAUAAGUUGACAACAAAUAUUGUGCUCUGUUUUCUUAAUGCAAUUCGCUUGUGUGAAUGGCAAAGAAAAUAAAUGAUAUUGGUUGAAAUAAA